CGGCGCGGCGGGCGGAUGAGCGGCAGCGCGGAGCCCGACCCGGCCCCCGCGGCCCCCGCGGCUCCGGCGCCGCCCGCACCUGCCCCUGCGCCCGCUGCCGACAACAAGCCCAGCCCGGCCGCUGGCGGCAGCGGCGUCCCCGGGGCACCUCCGGGCGCGGCGGGUGGCGCGGCGCGGGGGGCCGAGGGCGGCGCGGCGGGCGGGAGGGGCGCCGUACCCGUCUCCGCUGCAGUGGCUGCAGCUCCCUCCGAAGGGGCUAUGUCCAAUGGGGUCUACGUGCCUCCUAGUGCAGCCAAUGGGGAUGUGAAGCCGGUGGUUUCCACGACGCCGCUAGUGGACUUUCUCAUGCAGUUGGAGGAUUACACGCCUACGAUCCCAGAUGCUGUAACAGGUUAUUACCUGAACAGAGCAGGAUUUGAAGCCUCUGAUCCACGCAUCAUUCGUCUGAUCUCCCUGGCAGCACAGAAGUUUAUUUCUGAUAUUGCCAAUGAUGCACUGCAGCACUGCAAGAUGAAGGGAACAGCCUCUGGCAGCUCCCGCAACAAGAGCAAGGAUAAGAAAUACACGCUGACUAUGGAGGACCUGACACCAGCACUUGCAGAAUAUGGCAUCAAUGUGAAAAAGCCACAUUACUUUACAUAAAGACUGAGGGAUGUCUCUGGGAAUGUUUGUAGAGUUGUUUCUGUGCCAUUAAACAGUUGGAUAGGUU